GGGAAACCGAAAGUGGGCGGCGGCCGCGGCGGGGGCCCUGGCGGAGACGGCUGUGGGAGCCGGGCCCGGAGGCGCGGGGACGGGCUGUGGGCCCCUGGGACGAGGCGAAGAUGCUGGAAGCAGAUCUGGUUUCAAAGAUGCUGCGGGCUGUUCUGCAGUCUCAUAAGAACGGGAUAGCAUUACCCCGGCUCCAAGGAGAGUACCGAUCCUUAACUGGAGACUGGAUCCCCUUCAAGCAGCUUGGUUAUCCCACUCUAGAAGCCUAUCUGAGAAGCGUGCCAGCAGUUGUCAGGAUAGAAAGUAGUAGAUCUGGGGAGAUUACCUGCUAUGCCGUGGCUUGCACAGAAACUGCAAGGAUUGCUCAGCUUGUGGCUCGGCAGAGGAGCUCUAAAAGGAAAACUGGGCGGCAAGUUAACUGUCAGAUGAGAGUGAAAAAAACCAUGCCAUUUUUCCUAGAAGAGAGACCCACAGAAAUCAUCUGGUCAAGGGAGUAAUGGCAUAAUGAAACUAUGGUUUGAGGAGGCCAAUUGAAUAUUGUAUAUGCC